AUGGCGGGUGUGUUCGAUCUGGAGCUGCACGAGGAGGAGGACCUUCACGACUCCGAUGACGACGUUAUCGAGAUCGAGGAUGUCGACCUCGAGCCCGAACUUCACAUCAACACAAAUCUAGAUACCGAAGGAUCUGAAACGAUACCACUGUCGGAAGAUAUUGUAAAUCCGGGACGAAUCAAGCUGGGACCGCAGGAUUUCGAGCUAAAGAAAGUAUUAGGAAAAGGUGGAUAUGGUAAAGUCUUCCAAGUCAGAAAAACCACUGGUGCUGAUGCGAAUUCGUACUUCGCGAUGAAGGUGUUAAAAAAAGCUUCGAUAGUUAGAAAUCAAAAAGACACAGCCCACACACGCGCCGAGCGAAACAUAUUAGAAGCCGUUCGGCAUCCAUUUAUAGUAGAGCUAGUGUACGCCUUCCAGACCGGUGGCAAGUUGUAUUUAAUCCUAGAAUACUUGAGCGGCGGCGAGCUGUUCAUGCAUUUAGAGCGUGAGGGUAUAUUCUUGGAGGAUACUGCAUGCUUUUACCUGUGUGAAAUCAUUCUGGCCCUGGAACACCUGCACAAUCUUGGCAUUAUCUAUCGGGAUCUGAAGCCGGAAAAUGUGCUACUCGAUGCGAAAGGUCACGUGAAGCUAACCGACUUCGGUCUCUGCAAAGAACACAUCCAGGAGGGCAUUGUAACGCACACGUUCUGCGGUACGAUCGAGUACAUGGCACCAGAAAUAUUAACCCGCAGCGGACAUGGUAAGGCGGUCGAUUGGUGGUCAUUGGGUGCCCUCAUGUACGAUAUGUUGACGGGAACGCCACCAUUCUGUGCGGACAAUCGAAAGAAAACGGUCGAUGCUAUACUGAAGGACAAGCUCAACAUUCCGGGCUAUCUAACGCCGGAUUCGCGCGACCUAAUUCGCCGGUUGAUGAAACGUCAAGUCUCACAACGUCUCGGCAGUGGGCCGACCGAUGGACAGGCGGUCAGGGCACAUCCGUUCUUCAAGAACGUCAACUGGGAUGAUGUGGUGAAAAGAAGGCUCGAUCCACCAAUCAAACCGAUGUUGUCCAGUGAAGAUGAUGUGUCACAAUUCGAUACCAAGUUCACGAAAGAGAUUCCUGUAGAUUCGCCCGAUGAAACAACGCUGAGUGAGAGUGUCAAUCUAAUCUUCCAGGGUUUCACGUACGUCGCACCUUCCGUGCUAGAGGAAAUGCAAACGCGAAUCACAACGCCACGAUCGCCCCGUCGAAUGCCGCGUCACUAUCACUAUCCACACAAUCACCAUCACGGUGGGGCUGGUACUUCCGUCGGUGGGCACGGUGCAGGCAACAGUCGAAUGAUGGAGAACGGUGGUGCGUGGAAGAUGGCACCGCAUCAAAACCUGCACAACCAUCACCCGCACGUGCAUCAGCAGCAACGGGUGGGGGGACAGAUGGUACCACCGAACCAGCAGCAACAAUCAGUCGGCCAACCGGCUCAACCUCACAAUCAGACGCAACCGAGCCAGGCCGGUGUCAGUGCCGGUCCGCCCGGCAGCAGACCGUUCAACGCGGCAUCCAUUUCCCGACGAACGCCACCACAUCUGCAACCGUUUGCACCGAGACCCUCGCCACAGGACGAAAUGAUGGAUGUGUAUCCGGAAAUGUCCAUCUCUUAG